UAUACGGAAAAACAAUGCUACACUUGCCAGUCAGCAGUUACAGACAAAAUGCGUAUUCUUGCAAUCUUUGCCCUUUGCAUCGCAGCCGUAGCGGCUCGCGGAAAUAGAAUUGUGGGGGGCUCGGUGACCACCAUUGGUAACUACCCCACCAUCGCUGCCAUGCUGUACUCGCCGAACGCAGUCACAUUCUGGCAAGACUGUGGUGGUACCAUCCUCAACAACCGAGCCUUGCUCACCGCUGCUCACUGCACCUUCAAUCGUGGAGCAGUCAACAGAUUCCGUAUCCGCGUUGGUUCCACCUGGGCUAACAGCGGUGGAGUUGUCCACAACGUUAAUCAGAACAUUAUCCACCCACAAUUCAACCCCAACAACUUGAACAAUGAUGUCGCCAUCCUUCGCUCCGCUACCACCUUCUCCUUCAACAAUAAUGUUCGUGCUGGUUCCAUCGCUGGACCCAACUACAAUGUCGCUGACAACCAGGUUGUCUGGGCUGCUGGCUGGGGUGACACUUUCUCUGGUUCAAACCAAGGUUCCGAGCAAUUGCGUCACGUUCAGAUGGUGAUCAUUAACCAGAACACUUGCAGAAACAACUACGCUACCCGUGGUAUUUUGGUGAACGAGAACAUGAUCUGCGCCGGCUGGCCCUCCGGUGGUCGCGACCAGUGCCAGGGAGACUCCGGCGGUCCUCUCUACCACAAUGGCGUCGUUGUUGGAAUCAGCUCAUUCGGUGUUGGAUGCGGUCAAGCUUUCUUCCCUGGUGUCAGCGCUCGUGUGUCUCGUUAUUCAAGCUGGAUCGGAAGCAACGCAUAAGAAGUAGAAAGAAUACCUGUAUAUAAUAUAUGAUUUGCCCGCA